GCUGAUGAAGCGACGGCUCAGCGCGAGUCUCGGUGAAGGGCAUUGAGAAAAUGGCGGCGCUGAGGAGCGGGAGCGGCGCCGGAAAGGGUAUCCUGGGCCUACUGCUGCGGCGGGAGUUUCAUCAGACGCGGCCGGCGGCAGUGCAGCUAGCUGUUCGAGAUGCUCUCAACCAGGCCCUGGAUGAAGAGCUUGAACGAGAUGAAAAAGUGUUUCUUCUGGGAGAGGAGGUGGCACAAUAUGAUGGUGCAUAUAAGGUGAGUCGUGGUUUGUGGAAGAAAUGGGGAGACAAGCGAAUAAUAGACACUCCUAUUUCAGAGAUGGGUUUUGCAGGAAUUGCAGUGGGUGCUGCUAUGGCUGGCCUGAGGCCCAUCUGUGAAUUUAUGACCUUCAAUUUCUCUUUGCAAGCCAUUGACCAAGUUAUAAAUUCUGCAGCUAAAACAUAUUACAUGUCCGCAGGCAGAGUACCUGUUCCUAUUGUCUUCAGAGGUCCAAACGGUGCUUCUGCAGGAGUGGCUGCUCAACAUUCACAGUGCUUUGCCUCCUGGUACAGCCACUGCCCUGGAUUGAAGGUGGUUAGCCCUUGGAGUGCCGAAGAUGCUAAAGGCUUGUUAAAAGCUGCUAUUCGAGAUGACAACCCUGUUGUCUUUCUGGAAAAUGAACUGAUGUAUGGUGUGGCCUUUGAAGUCUCUGAGGAAGUUCAGUCAAAGGACUUUGUGAUCCCCAUAGGAAAAGCAAAAAUAGAAAGAACAGGUACUAAUAUCACUUUGGUUGCACAUUCCAAAGCAGUGGGUCACUGUGUAGAGGCGGCUACUGUCCUUGCAAAGGAAGGAAUUGAAUGUGAGGUCAUUAAUUUACGUACCAUCAGACCCAUGGAUGUUGAAACUAUUGAAACGAGUGUGAUGAAAACCAAUAAUCUGGUGACUGUUGAAGGUGGCUGGCCCCAAUUUGGAGUGGGAGCUGAAAUUUGUGCCAGAAUUAUGGAAGGCCCAGCAUUCAACUACCUGGAUGCUCCUGUUAUGCGUGUCACUGGUGCAGAUGUUCCUAUGCCUUACGCAAAGAUCUUGGAAGAUAACUGCAUGCCUCAAGUUAAGGAUAUUAUUUUUGCAGUAAAGAAGAUACUCCAGGGAUAGAUAGCACUGCUGAUUUGCCUUUGCCCCUCCCUCCCUUCCAUGUGUGGUUGAAUCCCUUCACUGAUAAUGCAUGCAUUACAUUUGCACCACUUAAAGGUAUUCCUCCAUAAAGAAUUUAGAGAAAGCAGUUAUGAUGGUUUAGAGCGACUUAGUUGUUGGUGAUGCAAACACAAGAUGACCCUGAAUUCAAGUGUAGGAUCUUCAGUUUUGAGUGGUACUUCCUUUCUCUUCCUUACCCCCAACCCCCCCAUUUUAUAUGAAUUCUUAAUGGAGGAAGAGAGUACCUUUUAUGUGGUACAAAUCUAAUGCAUACGUUAUCAGUGAAGGUAUUCAACUGCAUAUAGAAGGGAGGGAGGAAGGAGCAAAGGCAUUGUUACACAUUAUAUGUAAAUGCUUAACUGCACUUGGUGACCCAAAGAAACAUAUUUCACUGGUGAUGACAUUAUUCAAUAACUUGUUACAGUAUUUUUGCCAGUGAGAUUACAAUUAAAUUGUACUUAAGCACCAAACCCCUCAAGUGGAGAAAAUACAAGCAACUUCCUAUUUCUGACAACUUCAUUGUCCAACUUUGCUCCUGUUUGUAGAUAGAAAUUCCUUGCCAUCAAGCCACAAAUACUUAACUUUUUAAGAAGCACUCUCCAAACUGUUUUAUUGGUGAACAGUAACCAAGCAAGUUUCAUAAUUAGUUGAUGGAUAAAUCAAACUCACUUUUGAUUUAAACAUAUGGCUCUGACGAACUGGUUAUUAAAUCCAAUUUAUAGUAGCCAUUGCUUUUUAAAAUGUUCCAAGUUUCUGUAAGUAGCCAAUAUGGUUUUGAUAAUGGUAUAUAACAUUACGCUCCUUUAUUUUGAUGCUUGACAUAUUUAUUAGUUUGUUCUGACUAAACACAGUGGAUGGUGGUUGAUUUACAAAUAAAUUAUUAAACUUGGGUGAUACUGCUUGAUUUUUAUGUAAAACUAUGAAUUAAAGAUUCUAAAGAUGUG